AUGAGUCGUACUGACGUCACCAGUGGUUACAUUGAUAGUUAUGUAAAAAAGUUAACAUAUAGUGGAAAGAAUCCUGUACAAGUUUGUAACUUACGAAUUCAUGAAGAUAAGAGAUUAAUAAAAAAUGAUUCAAUUUUUACAAUGGUUGAGAUGAACGGUCAACGGCAAUCUUUUUUGUCGCCCGUAUCUGGUACAGUUACUAAAUUGUAUGUUCAUGAACUGGACAUUCUUUUCUAUGAUUCAAUCAUCUUGGAGUAUGAAGAAUGUCAACAUACAAUCACUUUCAAAAAUCUAUGUAGUGAUUGUGGUAUUGAUUUGAAUCAAUUGAAAAAUACUGUAUCAACAUGUAGAAAAGCUGUCAUAUCAAUGGAACCUUCAUUUCCAAAAGUAAAAAUUACUGCUGAAGAAGCUUUAAGAUAUGAUAAUGAAGAUCUUAACUUUCUUCUUCGGAAACGUAAACUUCAUUUAUUGAUUGAUCUUGAUCAGACUCUAGUUCAUACAACAAAUUCUAAAAAUUACUCUCCAUCCUCAUCGGAUAUAAUCACUUAUCAAUUAAAUACUCCAAUGUCACAAACAUUCUAUACAAAAUUACGUUCAGGCGUUAAAGAAUUUCUUACAAAUCUUCGACCACUCUAUCAAUUUCAUAUAGUUACAUUUGGUGAGCGACCAUAUGUAAAUACUAUAGUUAAACUAAUUGAUCCGAAUGGAAUAUUUUUUUCUCAUCGAAUCUUAUCUCGCGAUCAAUGUCUCAAUUUAACAGACAAAACAGCCAAUUUGAGUACUCUCUUUCCUUACAGUGACGCAUUAGUCUGUAUUAUAGACGAUCGUGAUGAUGUCUGGAAUUAUGCUUCAAAUCUUGUUCAGGUCAAACCGUAUACAUGGUUCAAAGAUGUUGGUGAUAUUAAUAGUCUUCGUCUUUCAUCGUUAUCAAUCUCUCAAACACAAAUCGAGACCAACGAAGAAAUAUAUCAAUCAGGUGGAAAACAUAAAAUUAAGAAGACAAGCGAUCGUUUAAGUAAAAGAUUGAAAGAACAUAAUGAUUCUGAUGAAGUUGUAGAUUCAGAUCUCUAUUUACAGCAAUUGGAAAGCAUUUUAAAACGUAUUCAUAAGAAAUUUUAUACAGCUUAUGAUCAAUGGGUUCAACAUAACAAAGGAAUCAUGCCAACUUUGAAAGAAAUUAUGCCUAAUAUUCGUCGACAAAUACUCAAUUCUGUAUCUCUAUGCUUUACUGAUUUAAUGCCAACAAACUAUCCAUUUGAAAAACAUCGUGCAACAAAAAUAGCUAAAAUGAUGGGAGCAAUCGUUACUCAUGAUUUACAAUUCGAUGAGAACGGUACCAUUCGAACGACACAUCUUAUUGCUGGUAAACAAACAAUGAAAGUUCAACGAGCUCUAGAAAACAAUGUAAAAGUUGUCACACCUGAAUGGUUAAUUGAUUGUUAUGAACAAUGGGAAAAUAAACCAGAAGAAAAUUACAUUCUUCUACCAGAUUACGAUGUUCGCAAAUCAAAAUUAUUUACUGAGGAAAUUCCUCGAGUGUCUAAACGACGGUAUUGUGAAAUACAAAACGAAGUAUCUAUCUCUUUACCAUCAUCUUCUGAUGAAAAGAUAAUAUUUAAUCAAGAACCAUCUCAAACAAAUUGUAGUAAUCUUUCAAGAAAGAAUCCUUCUGAAUGUUCAUCCAAUCAGGAUAACUUCGAUAUCCAAGAAAAUGAUAAUGAUGACACACGUUCACGACCAUUAAAACGGCACCGAACCGUGACUCUAGCACAUACAGUCGAGAAGAAAACGGAUGGUAAUGAUGAAGAUUUUGAUUCGGAUUCAUCGAGUAUACAAGAAUGGCACGAUUUGUUUUUUGUCAGCGAUAAUGAUAUUAGUUCAGAUGAAGAAGGUCUUAGUGAUGAUGAAGUACCGAGAGGUUGGAACGAAGUCUAUAGAAAGAAAAAUAAAUGGUCAUAA